UCAGUGUCAGCCCUCCAUACAAAGGCCCUGAGACAUGAAGACUGAUGAUUUGAUGGUUGAUCUGUUUCAGAAGGUAAAUUCCAACCCCUCAGACGGUUAUUUGGGAAGAAGAAGAAGAAGAAGAAGAAGAAAAGGAGCUUUGAUGGAGCAGAACUAAAAGUGGGAGCGGUGCGCAGCGAAGUGGUGUCAGACAAUGAGGAGUCUAAUGAAAAUCUGAGGGAGUUGAAUCCUGUUGAAUCUCGAGCUCUCUCCCUCGACAGCAUCUUUAACCUUGAAGAACCAAAGGAGCUGAGUCUGGACCACAGCAUGUCCCAGGAAAACGUUUCAGAUAAAGUCAGGAGCCUGCAGAGGCAGAUAGUCCAGGGGAUAAAGUUCGGCCAGAGGCCUCCUUCUCUUCGGAAGAGCGAGGGAGAGGAGGGCAGUUCGGAUGAGGAAGAGCUUCUUCAGAGUCCUCUGAAGGUUGUGGCCCAGAUAGAACCUGAGCCUCCUAAAGCAGAGUCCAAGCAGGUCCAAGGAACUCAGUCAUCGGAGCCACACUGCAGCCCGGUAAAAUCCCCGAGGUCCAGACGAGUUUCUCCACCAUCUGGUACGAUCGAGUCCAUCAACCUAGAUGCCAUUCCGCAGUCCGGUCCUCGCUUGGACAACACUGCAGCCAAGCACAAACUGUCUGUCAAACCCAAAAACCAGAGGAUAUCCCGCAAACACAAACGUCUCACACAGGACCUCCAGGAGGUUUCUGUUCCUGAAGUGGUCCAAGAAGACCUGGAGGCAGCAGGAGACAACCAGCGCAGGGAGGUCAUUGAAGAUGACAGAGAAAACUUGAAGAAACAAAGACUCUACGAGGAGGAGCGGCAGGAGGCUCGCAGGAGGAAGGAGCUAGAGGCGAAGAGGCUCAGAGAGGAGGAAGAAGAAAAGAUGAAGAGAGCAGAGGAGCUGAGGCUGCAUGAAAUGGAGGAAGAAAUGCGUCGCAGGAAACAGCUGGAAGAGCAGGAGAGGAGGAUGCAAGAGGAGGUAAAAAGGAGGAGGAUGGAGGAGGAGAGGAGGAGAGAGGAGGAAGAUAGGAGGAGGAGGGAGGAGCAGGAAAGUCGAAUCCGAGAAGAAGAAAGGAGGCGGCGAGAGGAGGAAGAGCAAAAGAGGAAAGUGGAAGAGGAAAAGAGAAAGCGAGAAGAGGAGGUGCAACGACUGGAAGAGGAGAGGAGGAAACUGGAAGAGCAGAAGAGAAAUGAAGAAGAAGAAAAGAAGAGGCGAGAACAGGAGGAGGAGGUAGCAAGGAGGCUGCAAGAACUUAAGGCAGAGAAGAUGAAGAAGCAAAAAGAGGAGGAAGACAGGAAGAAGCACGAGGAGGCAGAGAUGCUGAGGAGAGCUGAGGAGCAGAGCAGGAUGUCAUUAGAUGAAGCUGACAGGGACUUGGAUACUCCAGAGAGGAAGAGGAGAGCCGAGGAGCUGCGCUGGAAGGAGAUGGAGGAGAGACAGAGGCCCUUUUCUUUUAAAGUUUCUUCUGGAGAGAAACAGAUUCUCUUCCAGAAGGUUAAUCUCACACCUGUCUCACCAGUCAACAGCCACCAGAGCCCUGAUGCCACUGCUGAUCAAAGGGAGGGAGCUAGGACCUCCUCCCCUGCAGGACCAGACUCCCCCAACCUGCCAACCUUUCCAUACAUCCCUCAUACGGCCAUCCUGGUCACGGGUGCCCAGCUCUGUGGGACAGCUGUCAAUUUAGACCAGAUCAAAGACAACGCAUGCAAAUCCCUGCUGGGGCUGGGAGAGGACAAAAAGGCGCAGGGAUCACUGUCUACGAAGAGCAAAACCUCUCCAGACCGCAAGUCUGGAAAAACCAAAUCCCUCACUGAGUCUGUGCUCUCCACAGAUCAGUCUGGUGCUGCCGUGCUAGCAGAAUGGGCAAGCAUCAGAUCAAAGAUAUUCAAAGGCGUAGAGGAUGGGAAGUAUGAAGAGUACUCRGAUCCCCCAAGCAGGUCUCAGCCUCAAGUCGACAGUGAGAAACAGCCUUCGUUUGCUCAUGCAAACCUCAGAAAGACCAUGUCCGCCAGUGCCAAGUUCUCCAUCACCCCUGCAAAGAAGAAGUUUGGAGAUUCAAAUAGGAACUCUGAGGUUUUUGGUCCAGAUAAUAAAGAUGUAGAAGAAGAAGCAGCUCGAUCUGGUAGCCCCACCACGUCUUCUCCGUCUCCUACAAUCAAASCUCAGAGCAGGAUGAGUAAAUCUGUCCGUAUCGUAGAAAGAGGCUCAGAGGAGUGCAUGUUUGCCAAAGACCUACCAUCCUUCCUGGUCCCAAGCCCCGGAGACGGACCAGACAGGUGUCAGAGCAAAUCUGAGUCAUCUGAAAGCAGAGAGGAGGCAGAGGAACGGGGACAGGAUGGGGAGGAGAAGCCCUCUCCUUUUGGUAUAAAGCUAAGGAGGACUAACUAUUCUCUACGUUUUCACAAUGAACAGUCCGCAGAGAAAAGAAAGAAGCGCUACAGUGCCGGGGACAGUUUUGACGGUAUCCCAUCACCUCUCACCCCAAUCGAACCAGACUCCGACACUUGCUCAGUCUUUUCAGAUAAAUCCAAUCCCACCUCGCCUCACAAAGAGGSAGUGGUUAGCAAGUACCUGCACACAUCUGCCUCCCCCGCUGUAACCCGGGGUAAGCUGUCUAAAUCUACUAGCCCAACAUCUCACAGCGAAGGUGACAAAGUGCUUUCAAAACCACCCUUCUACCGAAGACAACUAACAUCACCCAAACCGUCUGGUGCCGUCCCAUCACCUCCUCUAUCUCCACUACCUAAGGCAAUCCAUGGACUGCCUUGUGAUGAUGUCAUUCAGAAAACAGGAAGCGCAGAGUCCUCUGUCCAGGAGCAGGCCAGCAGGAACAAGGAACCAUCAGUGGUGGCCCAGCUGCACCAAAGCAGCCAAGGCCCAGUCCAAGGAGAGGAGGAACCAAAGGAGAAGAGAUCCUUCUUCCCCUCCAUAAACAUUCCCUGGAGAGAGAAGGCCGACAGAAAGACGGAGCUCAUCAGGAGAGAGAAACCGUCCCUACAGACCAGACACUCACUGGACAGUAACAGGGUCCAGGAGAAGGAGACCGGACCCUUAUGGAUCACACUGGCUCUGCAGAAGCAGAAAGGCUUUAGGGAGCAGCAGCAAAACCGCGAGGACCGUCGAAGCCAAAGAGAGGUCAAACUGGCAGAAAAACAAGCCAGAGAGCGAGACAGUGUUGCACUGGUGAGUCCCACAGAGAGUAAAGGAAGUGGGAGCACCAGCCCUUUCUCCAAACCACACACUCCAGAGGAGCCUAAGAGACCCGACAGCCUCGUGGGACAAUUCGAGCGCCGAGAGCACCUGAAAAAGGCCAGCACUUUACCCAGCUCUGUCACUGUUGAGAUCUCAGACUCCACACCGUCACCACCUGCUGUAAAGGACGUAUCAAAGCGCUUCCCCUCCAGUGACUCUUCACAGGUGUCCACAGAGCCGGCCUGGUUGGCCCUGGCCAAACGAAAGGCCAAAGCCUGGAGUGACUGUCCUCAGAUUAUC